AUGGAUAAAGGAGGAUUUCCUGCUGGUUUAAGAGUUUUAGUUGUUGAUGAUGAUCUUACUUGUCUCAAAGUUCUCAAAAGGAUGCUUCAAAUGUGUCUUUAUGAAGUUACAACGUAUUCGCAAGCUGUAGCUGCGUUAUCUCUUCUCCGAGAGAGAAAGUACAUGUUCGAUCUCGUUUUAAGCGAUGUUCAUAUGCCUGAUAUGGAUGGAUUUAAGCUUCUCGAGCUCAUUGGAUUGGAGAUGGACCUGCCCGUUAUAAUGAUGUCGAUGGAUGAUAAAAAGGAAGUUGUAAUGAAGGGUGUUACUCAUGGUGCUUGUGAUUAUCUAGUUAAACCAAUUCGAAUGGAGGCAAUAAAAAAUAUAUGGCAGCAUGUUAUUCGAAAGAGGAGGCAUGAAUUGAAGGAAUUAGAGCAGACAACUAGUGUGGAAGAUACAGAACGACUUCAAAAUCCUACUGAAGAUGCAGAUAAUGCAUCCUCCGCAAAUGAAGAGAGUUAUAAAAACAAGAGGAAAGACGAAGAAGAUGAUGACGAUAAAGAUAACAACUCGACCGUGAAAAAAGCACGUGUGGUUUGGUCGAUUGGACUUCAUCAACAGUUCGUUUCUGCAGUAAACCAAUUGGGCAUUGAUAAGGCGGUUCCCAAGAAAAUUUUGGAGUUAAUGAAUGUUCCUGGGCUAACUAGAGAAAAUGUAGCAAGCCAUCUUCAGAAAUACAGGUUGUAUCUCAAAAGGGUUAGUGGAGGAACACAAAAUGGAUUUAGACCUCGUUUUGGGGGUUCUCCAAGUUCGAUUUAUGGUUCUUUACCAUCACUUAACGAGUUUAAUCUUCAAACCUUUACUGUUCCGGGCCAGCUCCCACUACAGAAUUUUGCUUCACGACAAGCAGGAAUCAUCAGGUCAGCAAGACAUGGUAGCUUGAACAUGCACAUUACUAGUCAAAGGAACAUGUUUAGUGGUGAGCUAGCAAGACCAAGGUUUGGAGUGGGUCACCAAGUAAACAAUAACGCUCAAGGGACCUUGCUCCCUGGACUUCCAAGUUCCGUUGGACAAACACCUCCAUUAACCAAUCUACACCAACAACCUCUUCGUUCAUCCUGGAACACGGGACUCCAAUCUAAUGGAAGUUCCACGCGUUUCGUAGAUCAUGUAACCGGUUUUCAUGGAACAGGUUUUCCUACCCAAUUUGGUCUAUUUCGUAAUAAUGACAGUAGUGUGAUGAUGCAGAUGCCUCAAUCGCAGUUGAAGGGGCAAUUAAUCUCGAAUGAUGUGUCGAGACAGUUUCCAAGUGGAAAUGAGAUCCCCAUUAAUGGCAGAGGUACAACUCCAAACCAAAUUUCUCCGGCUUCUCCAUUGGUGAACUUCCCAAUGAAUCGAACCCCAGAACUUACUGGACAUGGUUAUCCCCUUGGUAAUUUUACUAGAGUAUCUUGUCUACAACAAGUGGGAACAUUUGGAAAUGAAGGAAGUUCGGAAACAAAAAGGCUGCCAGGGUUUAAUCCAAGUUAUGAUAUAAUAGCCGAUCUUCGCCAGAACAUAGUCGAAGGCUCGGAUUUUCAUGAUGGAGUUCUAAAUUGUGAAACAUCUCAAAAUUCCAGUACCGGCCAAUCUUUGCAAGUAUUGGGUCACCAAGGUUUCUUGUCCAACCAAAUCAAUGAUAAUAGAGAAGAACAACAACAUGAAGUACCAAAAAAUCCCCAAGAGAAUGAAAACUUCGAUGCAAAAGUUGAGUACAUGCCUGAACUAGGCACCAAAUUUUUUGAUUUAUCAAGAAAUUGGAGUCAGGAUGAUCUCAUGAGUGAACUUUUCAAACAGCAAGAUGGCGUCGGGAUGAUUAACACAGGGCACAACUUUGAUUCAUUUCCAUUGGAUAAUAUUUCAGUUUAG